AUGCCUAAUAUAGGAGUGUCCCUAACCAGUAUAAACAUAUUCCUAAUUACACCGCAAAGUUUAAAUCGGCUCAAGUCCCGCCCACCUGGGACGGGUUUGACGUGGAGUGGGAGCGUUGAAGGUUUUCAGGGAUUGUUCAGCCAGUUCGGAUCGGGACUCGAAGGGAUACGAGUUGUAUCGCGAGUUGUUACGGUGUUUUUGAGAGCGUCGGUGACGUGUUACGUAAGCGAGAAAAGACGGGACUCUGGUUUUUGGUGA